AUGCCCGAAAUUCCUCCUUUGGCUCCACCCGUGAUCACAGCGUCAACUUCCCACGCCGCCACUUCAGACACCAAUCAAAGUGGCAACGGAUCAGACACGAUCGUGAACAAUGUGUCGGUGCCAACAUCAGCUACCUCCGCAUGCAGGUUCUCAUUUGAAGAGUUUGCAUUGGACAGGGUUCGCAUCGCCAAAAUGAUUGAUCGUUUUGGGGAAUUGACUGCACAGUACAUGAAGAGUUCUGAUGCAGCAGCUGGACUGUUUCAAGCUCCAUGCCCAUCUUUGCAACCGCUUCAACUCUCUUUGUCGCGUCGGACGGACUCUGAUUCCCCACUCGCUAGACGAGGACCGGUUCAGCCACCCCGUCACACUGCUGCGAUUGAGCCAUAUGUGGAUGACCCACCAAAGAAGAAGAAAAAAACAUCGGCUAUGUCAAAAUCGACUCAGAUGAGGACAUCCAACCGCCCAUGA